UCUUCUUCUUUCCCUCAUUUCCAUCAAAUUUCCUUCCACUAACCCAACACACAAUCCCAAACUCCAACAUAUAUUACAUAUACUCUCAUCUCAUUUCCACCUUUUUUAUUCUCUUCACUUGUUCUUUCUUCUAUACUAGUAUUCUCUUCCACCUCAACAAUACAAUUAAAAAUAGUGGACACAGAAGCAGACACAGCUACAAACAUAACAUUAAGUCAUCAACAUGAACAUGUUCAGGUAUGAAUACACAACAACUUUCCUACUCUUGUUUUUGUUAUGUCCUAUGGUUUUGUCUUUACUGUCUCAAAACCAAACAAAUACCAUGAUCAAUCUCUAUAAUCUUCUUAAUCACUCUGAUUGGAAUCCCAGCAAAAAUUCUAAUCCAUGUUCAUGGAAAGGUGUCACUUGUGACACUACCAAUUCAUCUGUCAUCAAUAUUGUCCUACAUGGUUCUGCUCUCUCUUCACAAUCUCUUCCAGUUCUUUGCAAAAUUGAAACUUUGCAACACCUUGAUGUUUCUAAUAACCAUCUGAACUCUAUCCCAGAUGGGUUUCUUUCUGCAUGUGGAAAAAUUGAGAAUUUAAAGCUUUUAAAUUUCAGUGGAAAUGUGUUAAGUGGUUUUUUGCCUACUUUUCAUGGUUUUGGUAGAUUGGAAUCACUUGACAUGUCUUUCAAUCGUUUGAGUGGAACCAUUGGUUUGCAGUUAGAUGGAUUGGUUAGUCUCAAGUUUCUUAAUCUUGGUUACAAUAACUUCAGUGGGAACCUUCCUACUAAUUUGGGAAGGUCCAUGGUUUUGGAGCAGCUUGUGCUUUCAAACAAUAAUUUUGAAGGAACUAUCCCUGAUCAAAUUUUGAGCUACAAAAAUUUGACUGUGAUUGAUUUUAUGGCAAAUAAGCUUUCAGGGUCUAUUCCUUUAAAUAUUGGAAAGCUUUCCAAAUUGGGAACUUUGAGUCUUUCCUCUAAUAGACUAGGUGGCAAAAUCCCAAUGUCAGUUACGAACAUCACAACACUAGAAAGAUUUGCAGCUAAUCAAAAUUAUUUUACUGGUGCUGUUCCUCCUGGAAUUACAAAAUUUCUCAGUUAUUUGGAUCUUAGUUAUAAUAAUUUAUCUGAGUCUAUUCCAGAAGGUCUUUUAUCUCCACCACAGAUAUUGUUUGUAGAUUUGUCCUAUAACAAUUUAAUAGGUCAUGUGCCUGCAAAUAUUUCAACUAGUUUAGUCAGGUUGAGAUUGGGGGGAAAUUCUCUGACAGGAGAGGUUCCUUCAGGUAUUUGCGAAGCCAUUCGUGACAACCAAUUGACAUACAUGGAACUGGACAACAAUCAGUUGAAAGGUUUGAUACCUCCGGGAUUAGGUUCUUGUAAGAAAUUGGCCUUGUUGAAUUUGGCUGAGAAUCAAUUGACUGGUGCAUUGCCACCGGAACUUGGUAAUCUUAGCCAUCUUCAAGUCUUGCAGCUUCAAACAAACAAGCUCAAUAGUACUAUCCCUAUUCAAAUUUCCCAACUUCAAAAGUUGUCUACCUUGAAUUUGAGCUAUAAUUCUUUUGAUGGACCAAUUCCAUCUGAUAUGCCAGUCAACCUUACAUUCCUUGACUUGCAAGGGAACAAUCUCAACGGGUCUAUACCAUCGUCCAUUGGAAACUUGCGAAAUCUUUUAGAUGUCCAACUUGGAGAAAAUCAGCUAAGCGGUGAUAUUCCUCAAAUGCCUUCGAGUCUACAGAUUGCAUUGAAUCUCAGUAGCAAUCACUUUAGUGGAGUUAUUCCUAGUAGUUUUGGUGAUUUGGCUAGCCUAGAAAUUUUGGAUCUCUCAAAUAACAACUUCUCCGGGCCAAUUCCUCCGUCUCUAACUAAAAUGUCAGCAUUGACACAGUUGCAACUAUCAAACAAUAAUCUAUCAGGUUUCCUUCCAUCAUUUGCUCCAUACGUUAAUGUUGAUAUAGAAGGAAACAAUGUCAAGAAUAGAACUAAUGUACCAGUUAACAAUUCUCCAAGAAAGAAAGGGAAUUCUGUUGUUGCCGCUGUUCUUAUUGCAAUUGCUGCUGCUAUUUUUGUGGUUGGCAUGGUCACCCUUCUGGUUGUAUUGAUCUCACGGCACUAUUGCAAGGUUACCGAUGAACGAGUACAGUCAAAUGAAAUUGAAAAUCUUGACAUUCCUCAGGUCAUCCAGAGUAAUUUGUCAACUCCAAAUGGAAUCCACAGAUCAAACAUUGAUCUCUCCAAAGCCAUGGAAGCUGUUGCCGAACCAUCAAACGUAACUCUAAAAACCAAGUUUUCGACUUACUAUAAGGCUGUUAUGCCAUCUGGAUCAAUCUAUUUUGCCAAGAAGCUGAACUGGUGUGACAAGAUAUUUCCGGUGAGUAGUGUGGAUAAAUUUGGGAAAGAGUUGGAUGCAUUGGCAAAGUUGAACAAUUCAAAUGUGAUGAUUCCUCUAGGCUAUAUCGUGUCCACUAACAAUGCUUAUGUAUUAUACGAAUUUGUGUCGAACGGCUCUCUCUUCGAUGUGCUUCACGGGAGCAUGGAAAACUCUUUAGAUUGGGCUAGCAGAUAUAGUAUAGCUGUUGGUGUGGCUCAAGGUCUCUCUUUUCUGCAUGGAUUUGCAUCUGGUCCAAUACUUCUCCUUGAUUUAUCAAGUAAAAGUAUUAUGCUGAAAUCACUCAAGGAACCUCUAGUCGGCGAUAUUGAACACUACAAGGUGAUUGAUCCUUCAAAGAGUACCGGGAGUUUUUCUGCAGUUGCUGGUUCUGUUGGCUACAUUCCUCCAGAGUAUGCAUACACAAUGAGAGUAACAGUGGCAGGAAAUGUGUAUAGCUUUGGUGUAAUUCUACUGGAAUUGCUAACAGGCAAAUCUGCAGUGACCGAGGGAACUGAAUUGGUGAAGUUGGUUUUGCGUAAUUCAAGAAAUCAAGAUCACAUUCUUGAUCCUAAUGUUAGUAGAACAUCACAGGCUGUUAGAAACCAAAUGCUAGCAAUUCUGGAGAUCGCUCUUGUUUGUGUUAGCACAUCCCCUGAUGCAAGACCAAAGAUGAAAACUGUGUUAAGAAUGUUGCUGAAUGCCAGAUAGAAUCAUACUCUCAAGGGGUGAAUUAAGUCUUCAUAGAGUUUGCUUUAGGUGGUGUAUUGAAUAUAUACAAAAAGAUAGAAUAUCAAAUAGAACGAAUUUUGCUUGUUCCUUUUAUGGUGCUGUAUAAAUUAAGUUUUUCUUGCUAUUCACAGUAUUGCAGUUGUGUAAAGUGAAUCAGUUUGCUAUUAGAUAUUUAGCUCAUAUAGUCAUAUAUGUAAUAUUUUUAAAAUCCCUUGAAUGUAAUUUUUGGACACUUUUUGCAGCA